UGGGAAAAGUGCGCCCGCGAGCGAGGUUGUACGAACAAGGCUACGGCGGCCCGAGAGGACACCAACUCCUCAAGCGGACGGCGGACGCCACUCCCGAAACGCGGCACUCUGUGGAGGUGGGGAGAAAACAGCGGGGCUUCGCACGCCUCACAUUCUCGGCCGUUUCCUUUAAGGGAACGCAGCGGCAUGGGAGGGAAGCGGAUCCACUGGAAGAGGAAGAGGCGCGGCCUCUAGUUUCUGACGUCUCGCGGUCUCCCUUUCACUUCCGGUUCUCGUUUACUUUCUUCUUCCGGCUCAAGGAAGCUUUCAAACGGGUUGACUGUUACUUUCGGCUGUGGCGUGCGCGCGCUCUUUCCUUUCCUCCGAGGUGUCAUGGCGGCGCCUUACACGAGCGAAGCGACACUCGACAGCUACAGACGGGGCGGUCGCGCGGGGGCUGCCCACAGCCCUUGGCCUCCGGGCGGCGCGGCGGUGGCGCGGAAUCUGCACGCGGAGCUGGAGGGCGGCGGCGGCGAAGGAAACGGGGGCCUCCUAGGCAGCCUGGAGGGCGUUUCUGCGGCCCGGCCUGGUAUCAGUCUGGUCCACCAGUUAAUCUCCCGAGACGGGUCGGCACACCGCUGGCCCUGCAGUCAGCCCGUUCGGUGGCGCGCCGCCUCCCGGCCGUAUAGUUCGCUUCAUAUUCUCCUUCUGGCCAUCGCUUUUCCGUCUUUGGUGCUGGUGUGCGGCCAAAGCUCGCACACGAUUGAAUCCCCAGCCGUUGAAGCGCAUUACUUGCAGUUUGAGGAAGGAAAGACUGAUGAAAGUAUAGAAACAAACGUUUUAGCCUGGUGGCGAAGCCUGCUCCUUGCAUUAGUGUCAGGUCUGUCAUGCUGCAGUUUUUCUUGGACAGUGACCUAUUUUGACUCCUUUGAACCAGGAAUGUUUCCUCCUACCCCACUAUCACCUGCCCGAUUCAAACAAAUGACUGGACACUCAUUUCACGUGGGCUAUAGUAUGGCCAUUCUGAAUGGCAUAGUGGCAGCUCUCACAGUAGUAUGGUGUUUCCUUUAG